AUGUUGCCAGCAUCAUUAAGUAGAAUAGUGCGCCUUAACAUAUCUAACACUAAGAUAAAACCUAUACCCUUACCAGUCGUUGAAACCAAGACCAGUCCCAUAAAGUCCAACUUAAACUUCAAAUUUCCAUUUGAACUUCCACCUUCUGUACUAUCAAACCAUAAGUACUACUAUAACAUCCCAAAGACAGUCCCAGUAUCCGCACGAGAGGAUGAGCUCCCAGCUCUUCCAACUGAUAUUAAAGGAAUAGAUCUGCUGGCAUAUAGGUUUCUAAACCGUAAGAAAAACACCAAAACGGUGCCGACAUUGGUUAGUGGCAAGUAUUUCCAAUUGAAAUUCUAUCCUGAUGACCACCUUUUAUGUAUCGCCAGAAAGUCUAAUAUAGCAUAUACAUUCACCAAUAGCAGUGGUGGGUUCGUGUUCAACAACGCUCAGCUAAGCGAACAGUUUAAGAGCUAUAACGGUAAAUAUAAAAGACAUCUCUUUUUCAAUAAGGUGUUGUCUCCGCUAAACUCUGCAGUGAAAAGAGUCUUGUUUAGGAGAAUAGUUAAAAGAGGUUUAUUCAACUCGUUGCAUAAAUAUGUACAACCAGAGAACGUUGAAUCUGAAAUUCUGAAGGUACGGGGAGUUUAUCAAUUUCGAUUGUUUGUUAUACCGAAAAACGAACAAGAAAAGCAAGAGGUUCAGAGUGCUAUCGAUAAUGCAAUUGAAAAGAUUUUAAGCGGUAAGUUGAAAUUAGAAACUCCUCAGGUAUCUCCACGAGAGAAAGAAGAAUUCCGGAAAUCCUUAAGACUUUAUAAGUCCCCAGGGGAGAAGAAUGUCAGAGGAUAUAGUCCAAAGUUUCCAUUUCUUAGGAAAUAG